UUUGUCGCCACAGUUGCUCCCCUUCUGUCGACAGAUUGGGUUUCGGUUUGUUGUGGGUCUCACAUCCGCCUUUUGUUUACUUUUCUGGGAACCAAGACACAAGAAGAAACCCAAACAAAAUGACGCAGAUGUCCGACGAACAGUUUCGCGUACUCAUCGAAACCAUCAAAGCGUUGGCACCGAUCAAAGACGAGGAGCCGCUCUCCAAGGGGAGCUUCAGCAAUUGCCCGGUGCGAUUCAGUGGCCAGCGGGAUCACGAUGCCGUGGACGAGUUCAUCAACGCGGUGGAGACCUACAAGGAGGUAGAGGGUAUCAGCGACAAGGAUGCUCUGAAAGGCCUUCCCCUGCUGUUCAACAACAUCGCCGUGAUCUGGUGGAAGGGUGUGAGGCGAGAUGCCAAGACCUGGCCGGAAGCUCUUCAGCUGCUCCGCGACCACUUUUCACCCACCAAGCCCUCCUAUCAGCUGUACAUGGAGAUAUUUGAGAUGAAGCAGGGAAGCGCCGAGGCGAUAGAUACCUUCGUCUGCAAGCAACGAGCCCUGCUGGCCAAGCUGCCGGAGGGAAGGCACGACGAGGAAACGGAGUUGGACUUCAUAUACGGCCUGAUGCUGCCCAAGUACCGGGAGAGCAUUCCGCGGCACGAAAUUAAGACUUUCCGGGAGCUGCUCGAUCGCGGACGGACACUGGAGCGGACCAAGCACUGAAAUUAGAAUUAAAUAGUUUAGCUGUAAAUACAAUAUUAAAAUGAUAGAAAUAUUUUGAGUAGAAAA